AUGAGGCUCUCCGUCAGUGACUUUCUUGAUAAAUGGAUUACAGACGUCGAUAAACAUCGACUAAAUAACCCUCCAAUUCAGUUACAUCUUCCCGCCCACAAAUUAAUAGCACCUUGUAAGCCCAACGCAGCCAAACCAUUAAACAUAUCUCUGAUUUAUCGGCGAAACUUUGUCGCUAGUCAUAAAGACUGUAAGCCGGCACACCGCGAGCUCAGCUCCCAGGCCUCACAAUCAUGGAUGAACGAAGGUCCUGCUGUCAGAGCCUAUUUUAUAUUUUUGCAACAAUUAAUGAAGCGAUAUCUGGAUAUAAUUAAUAACAGAAAUG